UUUGCCAAAAAAGCGUUCUCCUUAUCAUUUAUCACCAUUUCCCGCGAUCUUUGAAUUUCUCCAAAAAUAUAUAAAACGUUAAAACCUGAACCAGAAGCCUCUCAAUUUUCUACAAAUGCUGCUGCUUCAACUAUCUAUUCUCAUGCUCCUCAUUUCCCUGACAGCGUGCCAAACUUCCGAUGCACCAUGCCAAGACGACCCAUUAGCUGACUGUCAUGCCUACGCCGGCCUUUGCAGUAAUCCAAUGUACACUAGUUUUUUAGAUAAAUAUUGCCCAAAAACUUGUGGGCUCUGCCCGGAUUCGACUACUUUAGUCCCACCAACUGCGAAUCCAAAUUGUGUGGAUACAAAUGUGCAUUGCAAAUCAUGGGCGAAGCAGGGAUACUGUACUUCGUGCUUUUUGGAUUGUGCCGAAAAAAUUCAAAAUUGUGCAAAAUCAUGUGGCUUCUGCAACCCGGAAGCCUGCUUGAACUGCAAACAGCGGGAGAAACUCCCGAGUAAUAAUUUCAGAAAUUGAAUUUGGAUAAAGAAAGCAUGAAUUUGAAUUUUAUAUG